AUGAUCAAAAUCGGGGAAGAUGUCAUUCUCAUCGGUUGUAUUUAUCGCCCUCACAACUUCAAUGAUGACUACUUUGUUUCUGUUAUAGCUACCAUAUUAGCAGCAAAAAAUGUUCUUCAAAAACUAGAGUGUUCAUCAAUGCUUCUGUAUGGAGAUUUCAAUCUUAAAGAAACCUCUUACAAAUCCAUUGAAGAAGGAAGUGCUGUAGCAACCAUUGCUUAUGUAGCCCACAAGCACCCAACCGAUCUAAAAUUCCAAGAAUGUCUCAAUGAGUGUCAUCUUACCCAACUGGUUACAUUUCCAACAUAUCGACAGUAUAGGGAUGCCCCUUUUAGUAGCACGCUUGACCUAAUAAUCUCUGACAAACCAGACCGCUCCAUAGAAAUCACUAGAGCAGAUCAUCUAGGCGAUACACCAGGAGGUCAAGCACAUUGCAUGAUACACGGACUCUUUGCUUUAACCGGGCACAAUACAACAACUACUCCGAUCAAAAAACGAUUCAUCUGGAGCAAAGCCGACUACAAUUCCAUAUCAACAUGCAUAUCAUCUAUAGAUUGGAUAACAACUUUUAAUGGAAGCUCUGUGCAUGAAAAUUACAAGAUUCUAGUUAAAAACUACAACGACGCAGUCAAUAAAUUUAUUCCAACAACAACCUCACCAUUCUAUAAAAAUCAACCGUUGUGGAUUACGCCAGAAGUACUUAAAACUAUCAAAAAAAAAGAAAAGCUCUGGGGUAAGUAUAUUGCUGCUGGUCGCGAAACACACGAAGCACUUCGAGUAAAACAUAAACUUGCUUGCAAAAUAGUUAAAAAGACUAUAAAUAAGGCGGUAACCGAUCAUGAGGAGAAGCUUGUCAAAGAUUCAAAAUCUCACCCAAAAAAUGUGCAUGCGUAUGUCAGAAGUGAACAAGAAGUCAAAGAUCCUCUUCAUUCAAUCGAAACUGACAAUGGCAUUAUUACAACAGAUAAAAACAUAAUUUGCUCCACCCUCAAUAACUAUUUUCAGUCUGUCUUUGAAACUGAACCUGAUGGCAGUAUGCCAACAUUUCCCGAUCGUACUCAAGCAACAUGUAAAAUUAAUGAAAAUUGGUUCACAAUUGAAGACAUUCAAAGUCAUCUAAAUAAUCUUGAAGAGACUAAAUCAAUUGGUGUAGAUGGAAUCCACCCACGUGUAUUACGUAACUGUGCAGCAGCAUUUGCAAUACCAUUCAACUCUAUUUUUAGACAAUCUUUAUUGUCUGGCUCUGUACCUGAAUAUUGGAAAAAAUCAAACAUUACUCCCAUCUUUAAGAAAGGGAGCAAGCUUAAGGCCUACAAUUAUCGACCGGUCUCCCUCACCUCAAUACCGUGCAAAGUAAUGGAAAAAAUAAUUCACAAACAUAUUAUGGCGCACUGUGUGGAAAACAAUUUAAUCUCCAAGCAUCAGCAUGGUUUUAUUCGUAAAAAGGGAUGUCUGACUAACCUCCUCGAAGCUCGCGACAUACUUACCGAGGCUAUGCAUCAAGGUUACAGUGCUGAUAUUAUCUACACAGAUUUUGCUAAGGCAUUCGAUAAAGUCCCGCACAAACGUCUUCUACAUAAACUGAAAGCAUACGGCAUUCACAAAAAGCUGCUACUUUGGAUUAAAAUGUGGCUAAAAAUUCGUAAGCAACGUGUUGUCUUGGGAGAACAGGUUUCUGAGUGGAAGAACGUCACAAGUGGAGUUCCGCAGGGUUCUGUCUUAGGGCCACUGCUUUUUAUUUUGUUUAUUAACGACCUUCCUGAUAGUAUCGUUCACAAGAUAAUGCUAUACGCUGAUGACAGCAAAAUUAUUGGGAUCAUAAAGUCGGCAUCGGAUAACACAACGCUUCAGACAGAUAUUGAUAACGCGGUUACAUGGUCAAACACUUUGCUCAUGCACUUUAACAUUGAUAAAUGUAAAGUGAUGCAUGCAGGUCGUCCUAAUAAACGUUUAUCACAUGACUACUCUAUGGAAACCGCUGAUGGCAUGCGCCACACUAUUGCAACUACAACUAUUGAAUGUGACCUUGGAGUUCUCAUAUCAAACGAUCUGAAAGUCAGAGCACAAGUUGAAAAAGCAGCAUCUGCAGCCAAUCGCAUGUUAGGAAAGCUAAAAAAUGCUUUCCGCAGUAGAAACUUAAACUUGUGGCGCACACUCUAUAUAUCUUAUGUCCGGCCACAUCUAGAAUUCGCCAUUCAAGCCUGGUCCCCGUAUCUCGAAACAGACAUUAAGUUACUUGAGGAUGUUCAAGACCGCGUCACUAAGACAAUAUCAUCCAUCAGCCAUUUUGAUAAAAUAAAGCGUCUGCAGGUACUCAAACUAACCACCCUCAAAGAACGUCGUUUGCGUGGUGAUAUAAUCGAACAAUUCAAGAUUUUCAACAACUAUGACGAAGUUCAAUUUAUGGUCCCACAGCACCAACUAAUUGGGCGUGAGGUGUACAACCUACGCGGCCAUGACAAGCAGCUUGAUCGUCAAUUCGUAAGAGGAUGUGAGGAGAGAUCAAACUUUUUCACAAACCGAGUUGCGGUCCAUUGGAACUCUCUCACACAGCACGCGGUAAACGCUCCAUCUUUAAAUGCAUUUAAAGAUCGGAUUUCGAUGCGAUAA